AUGGAGGUGACGGCGGACCAGCCGCGCUGGGUGAGCCAUCACCACCCCGCGGUCCUCAACGGGCAGCACCCGGACACUCACCACCCGGGCCUCGGCCACUCCUACAUGGACCCGGCGCAGUACCCUCUGCCCGAGGAGGUGGAUGUACUUUUUAACAUCGACGGUCAAGGCAACCACGUCCCGUCCUACUACGGAAACUCGGUGAGGGCCACGGUGCAGAGGUACCCUCCGACCCACCACGGGAGCCAGGUGUGCCGGCCGCCUCUGCUGCACGGAUCCCUGCCCUGGCUGGACGGUGGCAAGGCCCUGGGCAGCCAUCACACCGCUUCGCCCUGGAACCUCAGCCCCUUCUCCAAGACGUCCAUCCACCACGGCUCCCCGGGGCCCCUGUCGGUCUACCCGCCGGCCUCAUCCUCCUCCCUGUCGGCGGGGCACUCCAGCCCGCACCUCUUUACCUUCCCGCCCACCCCGCCGAAGGACGUAUCCCCAGACCCAUCCCUGUCCACCCCGGGCUCGGCCGGCUCGGGCCGCCAGGACGAGAAGGAGUGCAUCAAGUACCAGGUGCCGCUGCCCGACGGCAUGAAGCUGGAGUCGGCGCACCCCCGCGGCAGCAUGGCUACCCUGGGAGGGGCUGCGGCCUCGGCCCACCACCCCAUCACCACCUACCCGCCCUACGUCCCCGAGUACAGCUCCGGACUCUUCCCGCCCAGCAGCCUCCUCGGGGGCUCCCCCACCGGCUUCGGAUGCAAGUCGAGGCCCAAGGCGAGAUCCAGCACAGAAGGCCGGGAGUGUGUGAACUGCGGGGCGACAUCCACCCCUCUCUGGCGACGAGACGGAACGGGGCAUUACCUGUGUAAUGCCUGCGGCCUCUACCACAAGAUGAACGGACAGAACCGGCCCCUCAUCAAGCCCAAGCGAAGGCUGUCGGCAGCAAGAAGGGCAGGUACGUCCUGUGCAAACUGUCAAACCACAACGACGACUCUGUGGAGAAGAAAUGCCAAUGGAGACCCUGUCUGCAAUGCCUGCGGGCUCUACUACAAGCUGCACAAUAUUAACAGACCCCUGACUAUGAAGAAGGAAGGGAUCCAGACCAGAAACCGAAAAAUGUCUAGCAAAUCCAAAAAGUGCAAAAAGGUGCACGAUGCGCUGGAGGACUUCCCCAAGAGCAGCUCGUUCAACCCCGCCGCCCUCUCCAGACACAUGUCUUCGCUCAGUCACAUCUCGCCCUUCAGCCACUCCAGCCACAUGCUCACCACGCCCACGCCGAUGCACCCGCCGUCGAGCCUGUCCUUCGGACCUCAUCACCCUUCCAGCAUGGUCACCGCCAUGGGCUAG